ACCUGGAAGCAGAGUGCGUGCGAGUGAGAGGGUUCCAUUUAUACAUAAAGAGCAGCCAAAGGAGCAUGAGCAGGACAGCAGAGGAGCUCGAGUUGCCGGUACCGUUACAGAUCAAAAAUUCACAAGGGAAGCAGCAGCAAAACCAGGAGCACCGUUCCAGUUUCAAUUUUCCAGGCAAGGUGAUCAAAAAAAUAUUAAAAAAAAAAAUACAAAAAGGCAACAGAAAGCAAGGGGACUAUUCCACUUAAAGGAAAAGCUAGUGAACGCCACCAGUGGAGGAGGAAACCCGGAAAGCCUAGGAAAACUCCCCUUGAUACCCUGAGAUGUUGCCAUUCACCCCGCAGGUGGUUAAGCGAUUGUUAGCACUCAAAAAGGGCAACGAGGAUAACAGCGUCGAGGGCAAGUGGUCGGAGAAGGCCGUCAAGAAUCUGGUCAAGAAGAUAAAGAAGAAUUCGCAGUUGGAGGAGCUAGAGCGGGCAAUCUCUACACAAAAUUGCCAGACGAGGUGCGUGACGGUGCCGCGCAGCAAGCCAGCUCCUGCCGGCGAGCAUCUGCGCAAGGGUCUGCCGCACGUCAUCUACUGUCGCCUGUGGCGCUGGCCGGAUCUUCAGUCCCAGAAUGAACUAAAGCCUCUUGAUCAUUGCGAAUACGCUUUCCAUCUGCGCAAGGAAGAGAUCUGCAUUAAUCCGUACCACUAUAAAAAGAUCGAACUGUCCAUCCUGGUGCCCAAAUCGCUGCCCACGCCGCCCGACUCCAUUGUAGACUAUCCGCUGGACAACCAUACGCACCAGAUACCAAAUAACACCGACUACAAUGCGGCGAUAAUUCGCAGCGCCUCGUUGAGUCCGCCGCAGUAUAUGGAAUUAGGCGGUGCCGGGCCCGUUUCCGUAUCAUCGUCCACCAGUUCGACGCCCGCGACUGCCGCCGGCGGUGGUGGUCCCUCCUCCUCCUCGUCAUCGUCCUCUUCCGCCGCCUCUGCCUAUCAACAGCAACAGCAGCAGCUGUCCUUUGGCCAAAACAUGGACUCGCAGUCGAGUGUGCUCAGUGUGGGCAGCAGCAUUCCCAACACCGGCACCCCGCCUCCCGGUUAUAUGAGCGAGGAUGGUGACCCCAUCGAUCCCAACGACAACAUGAACAUGUCGCGUUUAACGCCGCCCGCCGAUGCAGCGCCGGUAAUGUAUCACGAGCCGGCAUUUUGGUGUUCCAUUUCGUACUAUGAGCUAAAUACUCGAGUCGGCGAGACCUUCCACGCCUCGCAGCCAUCGAUCACGGUGGAUGGCUUUACCGAUCCCUCCAAUUCGGAGCGUUUUUGCCUCGGACUGCUCUCUAAUGUGAAUCGCAACGAGGUCGUGGAGCAGACGCGUCGCCACAUUGGCAAAGGCGUACGGCUAUAUUAUAUUGGCGGUGAGGUAUUCGCCGAAUGCCUGAGUGACUCGUCCAUCUUUGUGCAGAGCCCUAACUGCAACCAGCGAUAUGGUUGGCACCCGGCCACCGUAUGCAAGAUACCACCUGGCUGCAAUUUGAAGAUCUUCAACAACCAGGAGUUCGCCGCCCUGCUGUCGCAGUCCGUGUCACAGGGAUUUGAAGCCGUCUACCAGUUGACACGCAUGUGCACCAUCCGCAUGUCGUUCGUUAAGGGCUGGGGUGCCGAAUAUCGCCGCCAGACGGUCACUUCGACGCCGUGCUGGAUUGAACUCCAUCUGAAUGGGCCGCUCCAGUGGCUGGAUCGUGUCCUUACGCAGAUGGGAUCACCGCGGCUGCCGUGCAGCUCCAUGUCGUAAGCGCAUCAGCCGGUUCCGGUUUUCAAUUUUCCCCUCCCCAGUUAUCCGCAAAGAAAGCGCCGAUUUGGAGCUGGAAAAUACCGAGAAAUCCCUUUAUGGUGCUGACAAGUAACACUAAAGAAUUGAAGAUGAAAGGGUGCUAUUCUGAAGAAUUUUAUUUAUGUUUGUAAAAUCUAGAUGAAAUUGACAUGCGUGCAAUCAAGCAGCUUUUCCGGUUUUCAUUUAAGUUCGAUAAGCACAUACUCAAUGAAAAUUGUAAUACCUUCUUCCUAAAUGAAAACUGUACAAAUUGAAAUCGAAGAAAACCUUGGUAUAUCCAUAAAGAAACUCAUAACUCAUAACCUGUGUAUGAGUACCUAAAGUUUUUUUUUAAAAAACUUCCACAAACCAAAAAUACUUUACAUUGCUGAUAAUGUUAACAUAAAUAUGCACGUUUCAUCAGUGUUACUGGUCAGAACCUUUAAGGGAAAGCAAAAUGAGAAUCGGAAUUGGUUUUAAACAGAAAACCAAGAAAAAUUCUGAGAGCACAUAUGAAAUAAGUUCAGGCAAAUUAUAUACGAGUACAUACUUGAGUAAUUGACAAGAGGUAGAUGCAAACCAGAUACAGAUAUAUCUAUAUACAAAGAGCACACACUUACAUGUGGGAUAUAUAUCUUUACAAGCAUAUAUGAGAGAGAACAUGUAUUUGGCGUUACAAGUUUAGGACUAUAUAUUGUGUAGGUGGAAACGUGGAGAGUUACAGUUUUCGAUAAGAAGUAACAAUUUUUUUUAAACAUUUUACACACAAAAAAAAUAACCAAAAUGAAACCGACCAGGAAUACACAAAACUAAAAGUAAUGAACCCAAUCUGUGUGCGUAGAGUUGGUUAGCGCUAGAAGCGAGAGAGUCAAAAUUCUUUGAGAAAGAAGCAAAAUAAUUAUAUUGGUGAUUUGGAACAAAAAAGGAUGAGCAAAACAGGAACUGGGAUUUAUCAAGCUUGAAGCUUACACACACAGACACACUCUACCAUACAUUGCAAAUGUACAUAAGACCAAAAGAAUGCAAAUAUUCACGCAGGACCUUCACUUGAUCGAUUAUGGAAUUAUAGUUAUAUCCGUUUGAUGAUGGUUGUUAAACGUUUCAAUUUUCGCUUAGUACGUGUGUGUUAAAAAUUCGUCAGCUCUUAAAACGCAGUCAGCUCUUGUUAGUUGUAAUAUCCGUAAAAUGCGAUCAUAUAUUCUAUAUGUAAAGCACUUGCCCAACAAAAUUAAAAUGCGGCAAACCAAGUCAGGCCCAACUAAGGUCCCAUUUUGUUCAGAACUGCAUUUAUUGUGUACCAACUGAGAGAUUCUUACUUCUUUAUCACCCUCGGAUUUGAACCGAUAGCUCAACCAAUAUGCAAUAUGGUUUGCCGACGUUGGCCCAAUUUUGCUUGGCAAGUGUGCGUUUUUCUUGGGUCUAGAUCUUAAGUCUAUAUAUGUAACGAAAUUUGCUAGCUUAUCUUAAUAUUUAAAAAGCCCAAACCAGUUUUAGGUUCGUUUUCAAUUUGUUUUUACUUCAAGAUUUGCUAAUUCUUUUAAUUUGGUUUCUUUUUUACCUUCGCUUUGCUGUUACAACCAAAAAUAACUGUACCGCUCGGCCAGUAUUGAGCAGUGCAUAGUGCGCGGCAGCAAGUGUUGGCUAGCGCUCUUGCCCUCAGGUUCCGACUUACCUUAAACUUAAGUUUUUUCUAUUGUUUUUCCCCUUUGUUGCUUUUAAGUUUCUCACGUAGUUUUGUGUGAAGACACUUAAUACUGAUUGGUAAUCAAUCGAAUAAACGACCGCGAACGAGA